AUGGAGACCGUGGCGUGGGCGGCGAGGAGGCCGCUGCAGGAGGCCGCGGCCUCGUACGCGCAUGCGCGCCACGACCCGGCCGCGCGGUCCACGGCGAGGUCGGUCGAGACGAUCGUGGUGAUCGUGGCGGCGAUCGUGCUCGCCGCGGCGCUCGCGGGGGUCCUCGCGCGGGCGUGCGGCGGGAGGCACGCGGCGGCGGACGGCGACGUCGAGGGGUGGGUGGAGCGCCGGUGCCGGAGCUGCCUCGACAGCGGCCUCCCGCCGCCAGCAGCACCAUCAGCAUCCAAGGCCAGUGACGCCAAAUAG